AGUGUGGAGAGCCACAGCCCACACUCUGGUGUUUUCUGCGACCUCCUCCUUGUCGUUAGCUGCGUCACUUCCAGUCUACAACUGGCGUCUGGAGCAGUAGCGUGUUCCCCAUUGUACGCCCCGUGGUCUCAGGAUGGCUUCCAUGUCGCUAGCACCAGUGAACAUCUUCAGAUCAGGCGCUGAUGAAGAACGAGCGGAGACUGCCCGCCUGUCUUCCUUUAUUGGGGCCAUUGCUAUUGGAGACUUGGUGAAAAGUACCCUGGGACCAAAAGGCAUGGACAAGAUCCUCAUAAGCAGUGGCAGAGACAGCAGUGUUACUGUAACCAACGAUGGAGCAACUAUUCUGAAGUCUAUUGGAAUUGACAAUCCUGCUGCCCAAGUGUUAGUAGAUAUGUCCAAAGUCCAGGAUGAUGAAGUAGGUGACGGUACAACAUCAGUGACGGUGCUGGCUGCUGAGUUGCUCAGAGAAGCUGAACUUUUGAUUGCCAAGAAGAUUCAUCCACAGACUAUUAUUUCUGGGUGGAGACAAGCUACCCAGGUUGCCAGGGAAGCACUUCUUAAGGCAGCAUUGGAUCAUGGAAAUGAUAAAGAGCAGUUCGAGGCUGAUCUGUUGAAUAUUUCCAGAACAACAUUGUCUUCUAAGCUCCUGACUCAUCAUAAAGAUCAUUUUGCAAAACUUGCUGUUGAAGCUGUGCUUAGGCUGAAGGGUUCUGGAAAUCUGGAAGCCAUCCAUGUCAUUAAGAAGUUAGGAGGAAGUUUAACUGAGUCUUAUUUGGAUGAAGGUUUCCUGUUGGACAAGAAAAUUGGGGUAAAUCAACCAAAGCGUAUUGAAAAUGCAAAAAUACUUAUUGCAAAUACAGGAAUGGACACUGACAAGAUUAAGGUUUUUGGCUCAAGGGUACGUGUAGACUCUACUGCAAAAGUGGCCGAAAUUGAGUCAGCAGAAAAGGAGAAGAUGAAGGAGAAAGUGGAGCGCAUUCUAAAACAUGGGAUCAACUGUUUUAUUAACAGACAACUGAUUUAUAACUACCCAGAGCAGCUCUUUGCCUCUGCCGGAGUGAUGGCAAUAGAACAUGCAGACUUUUCUGGAGUUGAGCGUUUGGCCCUUGUUACAGGUGGAGAGAUAGCAUCUACUUUUGACCAUCCCGAGCUGGUAAAACUUGGAAGCUGUAAAGUUAUUGAAGAAGUAAUGAUCGGGGAAGAUAAGUUAAUUCACUUCUCAGGUGUUGCCAUGGGAGAAGCUUGCACAAUUGUUCUUCGUGGUGCAACACAGCAGAUUUUGGAUGAAGCUGAGAGGUCACUUCAUGAUGCACUCUGUGUACUAGCUCAGACUGUGAAAGAUAGCAGAACGGUUUAUGGAGGAGGCUGCUCAGAGAUGUUGAUGGCCAAUGCUGUAACGGAUCUCGCUAACAGAACACCAGGGAAGGAAUCUGUGGCAAUGGAAUCUUUUGGCAGAGCACUACAAAUGCUUCCAACUAUUAUAGCAGACAAUGCUGGCUAUGACAGUGCUGACCUGGUGGCCCAACUGAGAGCAGCUCACAUUGAGGGAAAGUCUACCUAUGGGCUUGAUAUGAGAAAUGGCAUUAUAGGCGAUAUGGGAGAGCUGGGUAUCACUGAGAGCUUCCAGGUAAAGAGACAAGUCCUGCUGAGUGCAGCUGAAGCUGCUGAAGUCAUCCUGCGUGUGGACAACAUUAUCAAAGCUGCACCAAGGAAACGUGUCCCUGAUCAUCACCCCUGUUAAACAUUUCACCUGAUCAGUUGUGGAGCAGACUGCACUUCGACGCUUUUUGAUGAACCAGGCAGAAGAAAGGCUGUAUGACUACGUCAUCUUGGCACUUGAGGAUAACACCCACACUGGUGGUUUAUUUAUUGUUAGAAGGAAACUUCUUUUUCUUACUUAAAAUUUGUUAAGUCAUAUGCAUACUCUUUCAGGACGGAGCACUGAAAAAUAAAAAUAUUCAAGUGAAAUUAUUUCUUUAAGAGUAGUAUAUCUUUAAAAAAAUAAAAUUAAACCACAGGCUCC